UGCGAUCAGAAAUGCUUCGAAGACUUUUCCAAUCCGAUUCAUUUUUCUUUUUUGUUUCUAUUGGCAUGCACACGUAAUUACGCAUCGAGCAAAAAUACAUAGUUAUCUUAUCUUAAAGAGUAAAGAUCGUCCUAGAAGGUCCUCACAAAAUGGCGUCGUCUUCGUCAUCGUCUGCAACUCCGGCACCCAAGUUUGAUGUGUUCUUAAGCUUUCGAGGACAAGACACCCGCAAAAAUAUUGUCAGCCAUUUAUACGCGGCACUUUGUAGAAAGGGUUUAUAUACUUAUAAAGACGAUGAGGAGAUGGAGAAGGGAGACUCAAUUCCAGACGAACUCAUCAAAGCCAUCAAUACUUCCAGGUUCUUCAUAGUUGUAAUCUCAGAAAAGUAUGAUAAUUCGUACUGGUGCUUGGAGGAGCUCCGGGCUAUAAUGGAGGUGGCAGCGGUCAAGCGAAAGGAAGACAUCAGUGUGCUGAUUCCAAUCUUCUAUAGAGUUAAACCAGGUAGCAUCAAUCGCGAAAACUUAACCGCUGCGUUUUCUGCCAUGAAACAUCCACCGAUGGAGGAAACGGCUAUGAUUGACGAAUGGGAAAAGACUCUCAGUCAACUAGCCAAUUUAGCAAGCUACCUCUUCAGCAACCUUGUGGACGAGGCAGCCAUGAUUGAAAAGGUUGUCGAAAAGAUAUCAGAGCGGCGGUUCGCUGAGGAGGUGAGAGAUCAUCCCAAUUUAGUUGGAAUGAGAAGUCACAUGGAAGGCUUAGCUUCUCUGUUGGAAAUGGAAUCAGAGGACGAGGUUCGAAUCAUAGGAAUAUCAGGAAUGGAAGGAGUAGGUAAAACCACCAUUGCAGACUACCUCUACCGCCAGUUUUCCAGUCGGUUCUCAGAACAUUGUUUUAUCUAUGAUGUUAAGAGUAUCUGUCGGAGUACAGGUCAAUCGUACCUGGAGCAACACUUCCUCUCAGAAAUUCUCCGUAUUAAACCUAAAAGGCUGGCAAGGAAGGGAGCUGGAUCGCAUUCCAUAAAAGAAAGACUCAGGAACCGGAAAGUGUUUGCUGUUCUUGAUAAUGUCGAUAAAGUGGAGCAAAUACAUGGCCUGGCAAAAGACAAGAGCUGGUUCGGCCCGGGGAGCCGUGUCAUUAUCAUCACACGAGACAAGGGUCUGCUCGACACAUGCGGGGUAGAAAUUGUGUAUCCAGUAAAAUGCUUGAGCUCAAAAGAUGCCCUCCAGAUGUUUAAGCAGAUUGUUUUUAAAGGAACCGAUCCUCCUGCUUGUUUCGAGCAACUCUUGACUAGAGUUUCUCGGCUUGCCUAUGGCCUUCCCUCUGCCAUCAUACGUUACAGCUCACUGUGUGAUUGGCACACGAAGACCGAAGCUGAAUGGGAAAAAUUGGUGAGCAGAUAUGAAGAAAGUCCUCACAAGAAUAUUGUGGAUAUUUUGAAAAGCAGCUAUGCAGAGUUGCAUCAAGUGGAUAAACUUGCUUUCCUUUACGUUGCAUGUCUGUUUAACGGAGCCGAUAUCAAACGGGUGAGUGAUCUUCUUGAUGAUGGUAGUGAAUCUAGAAUUCAAGUUUUAGUGGAGAAAUCUCUCGUCGACAUAUCACCUCAGGGAUGUAUAAACAUGAAUACACUAGUAGAAAAUAUGGGAAGAGAAACCGUUGUUGAAGAAUCUGAUCGUACCCCGACUAAGCAAAGAAUUUUGUGGGAACCUAGGAGAAUCUACAGCGUCCUGCGAGACGAAAGCGGUACAAGGAAGAUUGAAGGCCUAGCACUACCCAUGUGUAAGAUGCCUUACGUGUUAGAGAUUGAGAGAAGAAGUUUUAGGAAGAUGUAUAGUGUGAAGUUUCUUAAAUUCCACACGCGCAAUAAAACAUCCAAGUUGCAGCUUUCACCCACAGCCAGGCUACCCGACAUGCUUAAGUUACUACAUUGGGAUGCCUAUCCAUCGAGAGCCCUACCUUCCGAAUUUUUAUCCGGCUUUCUCGUUGAACUCACUCUUCGUUGCAGUAGACUUCAGUUCCUCUCAAAGACAAAUCUGGACCUUCGGAAGUUGAAGAGACUAGAUGUGAGCGAAUCCAAGGAACUGAAAGAACUUCCAGAUCUUUCAGGGGCAAAUCAACUUGAGGAGUUGGUUGUGGAAGGCUGCAAGAGUCUUACAUUUCUCAAAGAUCUUCCACAGAGCCUCAACUCUCUGAAUGCACACGGCUGUAAUUCCUUGGAGACUGUUUCCUUACCCUCCAAUCACUCUAUAAAACACAUCGAUCUUAGCGAUUGCUCUCCACUGAACAAUGAUCAAGAGCUGAUCACUCACUUCCUAACCCAGGGACAACAUGACCAAGAGACUUUGCUGCGAUUUGCUUGCAUACCGCAAACUACAAUGCCCAGUUACUUAGAUAACUGCUGCCCUCGGCUCUCCCCCAACCUUAUGGGUUUCUCUGCCGGUAUCAUGGUUGCUUGCAGCGGACCCUACCAUCUCAAGUUUUCGGAGUCUUCUUAUAGUUGGAACUGUGAGGAAUUUUCGAUUAACCUCAAACCACAGCUUUACCCGGAUUUAGACAGGGUGGAAGAGGAAGCUAUGAAUUACCUGGUAAUCAUCCAAGUCUUAAGUAGCAUUAAUAACAACCAACCUCGCAGUUUUCUACUUGAACUUCCAUCCAGGUUCAACUCUCCACCCGUCGAGAUAAGAGAAACUAGAGUUCACAUGUUCCAUUGAGUUUCUUUUUUCAAACUUCAUCCCAUUUCUUUACUUUCCAUUCGAUACAAUGAGAUUAUUAUUACUUUCCAUUGAGUUUUUUUUUUUUCAAAUGUCAUCCCAUUUCUUUACAAGACCAUACGCUCAUAUAUAUUUUUUUGUGAUACAA